AUGGGAUAUGCAAGUAUUAUGCUUGUGGUGUCUACAGCAGCAUAUGCUUUUAUUGUUUAUGCACUGGCUAUAAAGCCACUUAUUGCUGAACCUGAUAUCACAGAAAGCUUUUUGAUUAUUUUUUCAUCGGUAAUUGUUUUCGUUAUACUUAUGACUCACAUAAUGUUAGGACAGCAUGGUAAAGAAAGGAAUGAUGACACAACAGUGAAUGGCAGGAAGUGUAGAAUAGAAAAUCAUCAUACAGUAAGCAAAUACUGUAAAUGCAGCAAUAAAUGUUGUAAAGUACAAUAA